AUGCGCCAACAGCUGGGAAAGUUGGGUAUUAUUUCCACUGCACAACCAGAGCAGUUGAGAGAUGAGCAGCAGAAACAACUGCAGGAUAUACGUGUAGAAUUUGCUAAUCAAAUGAAGCAGCUCCAACGGCAAAACAGGAGGUACUUGGAACUUUUGCUUGAUAUGUUGGAACGGGGAGUCAAUCGAUAA